AUGGUGUCUGCCGUUGAAGAGCUUAGUGGGUUAACCUCAAAAGAACUUGGGGAGAUGCUGAAGGAGUCAGACAACUUUGUUUUGCGGUCCAAGACAGAAGACGGAGGUCCAAAGCAGGUGGACAUGGAAAAACUUGUGUCCUCGCUUCCUCUUCAUCUCCUUGCUGUAUGUUUGGAACUUGGGCAAGGCCCGGACUUGACAUAUGUGCUUCGUGGCAUGCGCUUUUUGCAUAGUUUGUCUGAUCUAGCAUCCCGCCAUGCUAGACUGGAGCAGGUUCUUCUUGACGAUGUCAAAUUAUCCGAACAAGUGAUGGACCUGAUAUUCUUCCUACUUUCUAUUCUUGCUGAACAGAAGAAGGAGAAUAAUGAUGGCACUUCUCCGCUUGUGCAUGCGUCACUUGUAGCAGCUAGUCUUCAUCUGUUGACAAGUUACUUCUCUUCCCAGUGGCAUGAACUUGUCCAUAUUCUGCUUGCACAUCCAAAGGUUGAUAUCUUUAUGGAUGUGGCCUUUGAUAGUUUGCAUGAAGAUGUGAGGCUGUUAAAUAUCAGAUUAUCAUCAAUGGGCUCUGGUUCCUUUCAUGUUGGUUCUUUGGAAUGUCGUCGUGCUCACUUCAUCUGCCAACAGUGUGAAGCAUCACUGCAAUUUCUCUUGUUGUUGUGCCAGCAAAAGCUGUUUCGAGAUCGGAUUUUAAAAAAUAAGGAACUCUCUAGAAAUGGAGGCAUACUGUCACUUUCUCACACUAUACUGAAGUUAGUUGUCCCUGAAUGUUUGAAGCAAUCAACCGAUCUUGUUGCUUCUAUUUCCAGGCUCAAGGCAAAGAUACUUUCUAUUCUGUUGCAACUUUGUGAGGCUGAAAGUGUCUCUUACCUCGAUGAAGUUGCCACUAACCCAAACAGCAGGCGGCUAGGGCAAACCUUGGCUCUAGAGGUUCUUAAUUUGCUGAAGAUUGCAUUUGGAAGAAAACAAAACAUAAAUUCUGAUUCUCAUGAUAAGGGUCCGUUUUUAACCCAGAUUUUAGCAACUCCUCAUGAGGAAUUUGUUUCAAGUUGGUGCUCUGUCAACGCAUUACCAGCAAUUGAGGAAGAUGCAAGUCUAGAUUAUGAUCCUUUUGGUGCAUCUGAGGUGGCGCUUGAUUUUUCUGAUAAGCUACAAUCUUGGUGUAAAUCACAAGUUGAGCAAGUUGCAGUAAAGGUGGGACAAAAUGAUACUCCACCAGAAAGCACGGAGGACAUUCACCCAGUGCAGCAGCCCUUGCUAACACGGACAAGCACUCCAGACUCCAAAAUGAAUAACCUUCCAAAGGAUGUGCAGAACAUGGAAGUGUCUACACCAAUACCUCCAAUAAAUCCAGAGGGAAAUGAUAAGGAUGGGACUCCAAAGAACAGUGUCUCUAGAAAUGGUGGUUUCCUGCAGAAUGCAGUUGGUCAAAACCUAGUCCAUCUUGGCGUUGCAAGAACAGUCAGUGGUGGCUCUUCGGUUGUCGCUUCCAGUGUUAGCACUGGACACCAGCGCAGUAAAAUGGAUCUUGAUCCAGCAUCCAGCAGUGUGGAUAAUUUCAAAACACCAGAACUCACAAAAGAAAAUGGUCUCCAGGAGGAUGAGAAAGGAGAGAGUAGUAUGUAUGAUGAGAGGCAACCUAAGAGAAGGAAGCGGACCCUUAUGAAUAAUGAGCAAAUAGAUGAAUUAGAGAAGGCUCUAGUAGAUGAGCCUGAGAUGCACAAGAACACUGUUCUAUUGCAGAGUUGGUCAGAGAAGUUAAGUCUGCAGGGCCCAGAGAUCACAGCAUCACAACUUAAAAACUGGUUGAACAAUCGGAAAGCUAAGCUUGCUCGCAUUGCAAAAGAAAGAGGACCAUUUGAGGCGGAGAAUGCUGAUAAGCCAUCUACACCAACUACUCUCCAACUUGGCGAGUCUUCUGAAAGUGCCGGAGAGGACAACUAUCUACCCCCUGCGAGGGUGAUGAACGCUCUAUCCAAAGGCAGACUGGUGAGCCCGGACAGCAAUGAGCAAACAUCGCAGGCAGAGUUAUCCCCGAACACAAUGCUGGUCCGCCCAUUCACGAGAUCCUUCUCACUGGAGCCUGGCCGCCUCGUCUCGCUAGUUGACAGCGACGGGAAGGAGGUUGGCAGGGGCAAGGUCUUCCAAACACCAGGGAAGAGCCCGGCGGAGAGCCGCGUCUGCAUGGUCGACGUCACUGAGCUCAGGACCGAGAGGUGGAGGGAGCUCCCACACCCUUCUGAGGCAUCUGGGAGGACGUUCCAGGAGGCAGAGGCGAGGAAUGGUGGCAUCAUGAGGGUCUCUUGGGACGUCGUCAGGCUGUCGCCUGCAGUGUAG